AUAGAGAGAGAGAGAGAGGUUGCUACAAAAAGAAGAAGUAACACAAACAAACAAGCAAACAAACCAGUGCAACAUCCGACUCUCGCUGCUCCGAUCAACCGAACCAAUCCUUUGUUUUUCGACUGACAAAGAUAAAGAAAAAAGAUGAACGAUGCCGAUGUAUCGAAGCAGAUACAGCAGAUGGUCCGAUUCAUUCGUCAGGAGGCUGAAGAGAAAGCUAACGAGAUCUCUGUCUCUGCCGAGGAGGAAUUCAACAUUGAAAAAUUGCAACUAGUUGAAGUUGAAAAGAAAAAAAUCAGGCAAGAGUUUGACCGGAAAUCAAAGCAGGUUGAAGUUCGUAAGAAAAUUGAGUACUCGAUGCAGCUGAAUGCAUCCCGAAUCAAAGUUCUUCAAGCACAAGAUGAUGUGGUGAAUGAGAUGAAAGAUUCUGCCAGGAAGGAGCUUUUGGGUGUUGCAAAUAACAGGAAUGUAUAUAAAAAGCUUCUCAAAGGCUUGAUUGUUCAGAGUUUACUGCGGUUGAAAGAGCCAUCAGUCUUGUUGAGGUGCCGGGAGAUUGAUGUUGUGCUCAUUGAGUCUGUUUUGGAUGAUGCAAAACAUGAGUAUAUUGACAAAGCCGGAGUACAUGCCCCUAAGAUUACCAUUGACAAACGUGUGUAUCUCCCACCACCUCCAAGUAGUGAAGACUCACAUGGCCCCUCUUGCUCCGGUGGAGUAGUUUUGGCUUCACAAGAUGGGAAGAUCGUCUGUGAGAACACUCUGGAUGCUCGAUUGGAUGUUGUCUUCCGGCAGAAACUGCCUGAGAUUCGCAAGCACCUCCUUGGUCGCAGCACUGCAUAAUCAAUGUUGUUUUCUCUGACUCUGGAAACGGGACCCCACAUAGCCUUCUUCGUCAUGGGGAUGGUUUUGAGCAUCUUGGAGACAGAUCAUCUGCCUGUUAGAUUAUAAUAUAUGUAUAUAUAUAUAUAUAUCCAUGAUGUUAGGAAGUGAUAAUAAUUGUUCUGUUACAUAGGUUAAGAACAUUAUAGAUAUUGAUCUGUGUUAUAAUAAUUUGGAUCAUUGAAUCCUUAUUAAAUGAAAGAAUAUUAGCCUUUAUCCUC